GCUAUUUUCCCAAUCUAUCACUUCACACUUCACUGCUUCAUCGUUCAUUCUUCAUAGCAGAACCACCAAAAUCCUAAACCCCAAAAUGCGAGGCUUCGCUUGUCGAGCCUCCAACUUCUUCAAGCGCAAUCUCGAUAAUUUCCCUUAUAACCCUAAUUUCAACUUCUUCAGAGAAUUCGCGCAAUCCACCGCAAUCCCCAAAAAGCAACUUAGGGUUCGUGACCACGGCUACGACAACUACAUGGAAGUGGAGAAGAAAACGCGCAAGGUCCUCAAAUUUCAGAGCAUCAUCCUCCCCGAGCCCACCCAAUCGCUCCCAAUCUCGCGCCUCGAAAACCUCGUGCGCCGCUUCGGUUUCACGCGCUACGAGGCUGGUGCGUUCGUCCUUAAGUUCCCGCACGUCUUCGAAAUCUUUGAGCACCCCGUCCAGCGCAUUCUCUUCUGCCGCCUCACCCGCAAAGCCAUCCUCCAGAUUCAGCAGGAGCGCCAAGCACUCGCGGAACAGAUUCCACGCGCCGUCACGCGGCUUCGGAAGCUUCUGCUGAUGACGAACGAAGGCAGGCUCCGCCUCGAGCAUGUGCGCAUUGCACGCUCCGCCUUCGGCCUUCCCGACGACUUCGAAAACUCUGUGGUUCUGAGGUACCCUCAGUUUUUCCGUUUGAUUGAUGCAAAGGAAACUAGGAUGAAGUACAUUGAGGUUGUGGAGAGGGACCCUAGGUUAUCAAUUUGUGCGAUUGAGGAGGUUAGGGAGAGGGAGUAUAGAGAGAGAGGUGGUGAUGCUGAGGAUGUUAGAUUUUCUUUUGUCAUUGAUUUUCCACCUGGUUUUAAGAUAGGUAAGUAUUUUAGGAUUGCAAUGUGGAAGUGGCAGAGGCUUCCUUAUUGGUCCCCGUAUGAGGAUGUUUCUGGGUAUGAUUUGAGGUCCAUUGAAGCCCAGAAGAGGAUGGAGAAGAGAGCUGUUGCCACCAUUCAUGAGUUGUUGUCGUUGACUGUGGAGAAGAAAAUUACAUUGGAGCGGAUCGCACAUUUCCGAAUGGCGAUGAACCUGCCCAAGAGGUUGAAGGAUUUCCUGCUCCAGCACCAAGGUAUUUUCUAUGUCUCCACCAGGGGGAAUCAGGGGAAGCUUCACACUGUUUUCCUUAGGGAGGCGUAUAGAAAAGGCGAGCUGAUUGAGCCGAAUGAGUUGUAUUUGGCACGGAGGAAGCUAGCUGAGCUUGUGCUAUUGAGUCCAAGGAAAGCCAAGGUUGAUAAGGAGUUGGUUGGGUACAGGAGAAGCAGGUUAGAGGACGAAAUGGGGCAUGUAACGAGGACAUAUGUGGAGGAUGCUUGUGAAGACUUUAAGGGGGAAGAUGGUGUGGGUCUGGAUAAGGAUGCAGAGGAUGAUUUGACGUCAGAUAUAGGUUCUGAUGUUGAUUUGGGAGAUGAGGGUGAUGAUUUUGUGGAUAGUGCAUCACUGCAAAGGACAUCAUAGCUAGUAUUUGGGAACCUAUUUGAGCUACAUUUACUUCAAUUUUGCAAUUGAGAAAAGUCUCUUGAUACAGUUCUGAAUUCUGAAAUUUUGAAAUCUAACUUCCGAAA